AUGAAUAGCAACACAGAUCCGUAUCUCCUCGGCCGACAGCUCCAGCAGUUCCGCCAAGAUAACCCAGACGACACCCGCGCCAUUUGGACCGAAUACGACCUCUACUACUUCACCAUCUGUCCACUCUCAAUUACCGGAAAAGGAAAAGAGGGAUAUCCUCUUGAAUGGCGAUACGAUGCGGUGCGCUUACGAUCCAGCCGCGCACUAUGGAGGACUCUGAUGGCGGACCGAUAUCCCUGUGAUGAUGCGAUGGAAGAGUGGCUUUCGAACUGGCGACAGCCCAUCAUUAAGAAGUGGCGUCAAGACAGGGCUGCUAAUGAGAAGGGGUUAUGGAAACGGUUCUGGGGUAGAUAA